AUGACAACAUUAUAUAACAUCCCAACUGGUACAAGAGACGUUAUCAGAAAAUUUCGUACCUCAACGUCUAGAUCAGAAACUAUAAGAUGCUUACCUAUUAAGAUAGAGGCAAAUUCGAAUGAAAUUAUUAUUGACGAGGAUGAUCAGGAAGAAUUAGAUGAAAUCACAGAUUUGGCCUCCUUGGCUGAGAUUUUGCCCGAUAAUUCUCCAAGAUUCCUUUUAAUGGCAUAUCCUUUGACAACGAAGGAAGGUAUUAAGCAAGUGCCCCUAAUAUUGUUAUACUGGAAACCAAUGACCAUAGUCUCACAAGAGUGGAAGAUGCUCUAUGCAGGUGCUGCAGAAAUGGUUAAGCACGAGUGUGGUACGUACAAAUUCAUCGAAGUUUCAUCUGAUCUCGAGGACGAUGAUGAUGUUGAAGAAUUGAAAGAGCAAAUAGAAACAUCAAAGAGAUAA